AUGCUGGUUCAACCUCCCACCGAGACCCCCACGGUCGACACCGCACUUCUAAAAGACGAGACCAUCACCACAACGGUGGCAGUAUCCGAGACCCCUCCACCCCCGACCGUCCGGCCCCUCUACUUCGCAUACGGCUCCAACCUCUCCUUCACACAGAUGCGCCUCCGCUGCAAACACAAUCCUACCCUCUCCUCGAAGCCCGUUGCCAUCGCCCGACUCGACCACUGGCGGUGGAUGAUUUGUCAGGCCGGAUACGCGAACGUAUUGCCGCCGGCAGAACUGCAGACCGGAAGCCAACUUAGCGAAGGAGACGAGGUCCCCGUGUCGGGGGCUGAAGAUGCCGUAUUCGGGUUGUUGUAUGAGAUGGAUCCGGAGGAUGAGUUCUUGCUGGAUGGGUAUGAGGGUGUGGAUCAUGCGGCGGGGCCGUCGAGGCUUGGCGGGAAGGUGUCUGUUGAGAUUCGGCCGAGGGAGCAGGGCCGUGGGGAUUAUAAUAAGUGGUAUGUUCCGGCAACGGUGACGCGGUGGCUGGAUGAGGAGCAGCGCGCGUUGAGGAUUGGUGCGACUGCGGUGGCGGGGUCGGGGCCACAGGUCACGACGGUGCUGGUGUACGUGGAUGAGGAGCGGGUGCGGCUGGGCUUCCCCAGGGAUGAGUACGUCCCACGCAUGAACCGGGCGAUUCGGGAGGCCGAGUCGAUCGGGUUCCCGAAGCACUGGGCAGACGAGGUUAUGAGAAAAUCAAUACCGUUGAAUUAG